GGGGAGAGGCCUUUUGCACGGGAAGCUUGAAGCGGAAAAAGGAGAAGAAGUGCAAAAAGAAUGGGUGAUGAAUAAGUUCAAAGUAAUUGUAGCAACUCUUGCCUUUGGAAUGGGGGUUAAUAAAAAAGAUGUUCGUUUUGUAAUUCACACAGCAAUGCCAAAGUCUCUGGAAAACUUCUACCAGGAGUCUGGGCGGGCCGGGCGAGACGGCGAAGAAGCUCAUUGUCUUCUUCUUUACGACUACCACGACAAACAGCGCCAGAGCUUUUUAAUGCAAAACAACAGGUGCGGACUUUUCAUUUAA